GCCCAGGCGAGGGGAAGAUAUUCUAAAAAUUUUAAAAGAAAGUCAAGAUUUAGAUAAAGAUCGUUAAUGCAAUAUAACACACGAAAAUGAUUAAUAAAGAAAAAUUGAAUAAGUUAAAACUGACUGAAUUAAAUAAACGUAACCAAAAUCAAGUAUCUAAAUUUUUUUCAACCCAAAAUACAAAUGAAAACGAUGAAUCGGAAGACCUUUUUCGCCUAAAAUCUAUUGAAUCUAAGGCAAAACAUCUGCUAAGGGAAACUGAAUCCGCUUUAAACAUAACAGAAGAUGAGAAUCAAAUACUCUCUCAUUUAGAAAAAUCGAAUGAGCAAAAUAAUAAAAAUUCUUCAAUGGAAAACUCUGUUGUAUGUGAACGGAAGACUGUAAUAUCUAAAUUUUUUGAUAGUAACUUCGAUGAUUUUCAAUCGUGUACUAGAAAAGAAAGAAAAACAACGAAAACUUUAAAAGAAAAGCUAAUAAAGAAGAAAACAUCUUCAAAAGAAAAGAAAAAACAAACCACAAUUAAAAGUGCUUUCGCAAAAAAUGAAGAAGUUUUCUCAGAGUUGAUGGCUCAGCAUAGUAUAGCAGAAAAUUUUGAUCCAGAAGAUAUGCAAGUAGCAUUGGCAUGUUCGAUGUCUGAAGCAGAAAUUCCUUCACUAAAUAGCGAAUCAAAUGAUAACUUAACUUGUACCUCUAAAAAUGUUGAUAAAAUACGUGAAAAAUUAGAACAAUACGGGUUUAGAAUUAAUUCUAAUAAAGAAGAUUAUGAUAUAAACUAUUUCUUACCUAAAAGUAUAAAAAAGGCUAAAUGGGCUAAUCGAUUUACAUCUCUAACACUUCGAUGCCCAAAAAAGCAGAACCAAAAAUUGCAUGAAAAAAUUGAACAAUUUUUGAGUACCCAAUUCAGUGAAGAGGAAAACUGUGAAGAAUCACCAUUCCAAUUUAAUAUUUCAAGCCCAUAUUUAGAAACAUUAAUACCAGAAAUUGAUACUAUAAAGUUUUUUCGCAAAGGUUUAUAUAUGGAUAAUGAAAAUGAUGACGUAGAAAUAUUUUAUGUGUCCGAACUAUUUGAGCCCCGAAAAAGUAAGCCUGGCUCUUUACUAAAAAAUUUUAAAAAUAUACCAGGUAGGGACUUGUCACCAGUUAGAAAUAUGCCAAAAGUUCCACAUGAAUUGGAAGAAAGAAAAUAUUCAUCAACAGAAAAUGCAGAAGAAAAUGUGCAAUGCAUAGAAAAUGAAAAUAAUAAAAAUUAUGAAAUAUCAAAUAUUAAGUUAGCAACAAAAAAUACUGAAAUUACUGAUACAAUUGAAGAUGAGAAUGCCUACUCUAUCCAAUUCGAGAACAAUUUUGAAAAUGAAAUGAAUAAGAAUGAGAGUUUGAAACGAGGCAGUUCCGAAUCAUCACCAGACUACAAACGUCCUAAAUUGGAAUCAUUUCUAGCAGAAAUCGAGAGUAAAAGAACUGAUAGAGCAGAUUCUCCUGAUAUAUUUAAUAAUUCUGAAGGAGAUUUGGAAACAUCGGCUACAAAAAAUGAUAGUACUGAAUUAGACAGAAUUCACGUAUAUGAAAAGUUUUCAAGUGAUGAAGCAAAGGUUUCUGACGAAACGUGUUGCAACAAAAUACAAAAACAUAACAAAUCACAAAUAGAAAUAAGUAAUGUAGUUGAUUUAACACAAAGUGAUGAAUCCAUGUCAGAAAUCAGAUAUGAACAAGCAGAACCAAUAAAUAAAACAUGUGAAAGCCCCUAUUAUUUAAAUAAUGAAAUACAUAAAAUUCUUGAAAAUUGUGAUAUAAGAAAUAAUGCCACUCAAAAUCAUUUUUGUGAUAACAACUUUUCCGAUAAAAAUUUAAAAAAUGAACUAGAUAUUGCGAACAAGAAAAUUUCAACUUCUACUAAAUUUUUAGAAAAAAUAAGUGAAACUAAAAAUGAAGAUUAUUCUAAUAAUAAAAAUUUUAAAAAAUUAUUUCAAAACGAUUCCAAAAGUUUAACACCUUGUUUUAAGCCAAGCGAAAAUAUAAAUUCAGAAAAUCAUUCAAAUAACUUACAAAACGAUUCUGUUAAUGAGUUUUGCAUUAUCUCUUCCGAAGAUGAAGAUACCGCUUCUUAUCCAGAUGAUGGGCAAAUCAAAAAUUUAAAUAAUUCAAAUAUAUUAAGUAAAAAGAAAUUUUCAUUUUCGAUCCACAAUAACUAUAUGGAGGAUUCACACAUUAUUGUUUCAGAUGAUAAUACAACUAACUCAGGAUUUGAAUCAGAUAAUAAUUUAGAAAAUAUUGAAGUAAACCUUCAUCAAUAUAGUCAGUUUUCAGUUGCAACAACUCCAGUUAAGCAUUCACCUAAAAACUUGGAGAACUUAGGUGAUCACUUAGAAUUGGGCGAAGAAAUCAAAAAUGAGGAAUUUAGCAAUUUAACAGUCAAGCAGCUUUCGGCAUCAUCUCAAUCAAGUGAUUUAGAUGAUUCAUGUAUUAUACUUUCAGAUGACGAAGUAAACUAUUCUAUAUUAACCUCCGCUAAAAAAAAUAUAAAUAAAAAUUCAGAGAUCUUUAAAAACAAUUUUGAUAAAACUAUUAAAUCCGGAAGCGACUCUUUUGGUCAAGGAAAUAUUUCUCUUAUAGAUUUCUGUGAUAUAGACAUGAUUAAACCGUCUAAUAUAAAAUUGAAUGAUGAGGUGAAUAACUCUCAUUUAGAAGUAUUAGAAGAAAAUUUGUCUGAUUCAUCGAAUUUUGAAUUGAAAUUGACUCCAGAAAAUGUAAUUAAUUUUUCAGUUAAUAAAUCAUUAGAAUUACAAUCACCUCUCAAGAAUCGUAAAAAUGCAACGCAGAAUGAAAAUUCGAUCAAUCAAGGGAACAAAGGUGAAAGUUUUAUCAUUUCAGAUGUAGAAGAUGAAGAUUUUGAUCUUAAUGUAUUACGAAAAAAAUAUGGAUUACCAAUCAUUGAAAAAAAGUCAAUUCCACAGAAAUCAACCGGAUGUAGAAAAAGCUUAUCUGAAUCAUUUUCGAAAAAUGAAGCUAUUACUCCUAGUUUGCAGCGUUUUAAAACAUUUGGAACACAUUCGAUAAAUACAAAAAAAUUUAAUAAUUCAUGUAAAGAAAUAGAAAAUGAAGAUUCAGUAAUUUCUAAUGAAUUUGAUGAAAUUGAUAAACUAAUAUAUGGUAGCCCAAAUAAAUGUUUUUCGUUAAAGAAUGAAAGACCAAGUAAUUUUGAAAAUUUAUUAACUGCAAAAAUAAAUAGAAUUUCACCUAUAAAACUAAAUAAAGCUAUUGAACCAUUUGAGUUUGAAAACGGUGGCAAAAUAUAUCUUAUAAAAACACAAAAUAUUGAACAAAAACCCGAUUUCAAAAGAAUGAAUUCCCCAACACGAAUCAAAUAUUUAUAUAACUAUGGUUUAAAGCCAUUAAAAAGGAAGCAAGCAAUUAUUAUGUUAGAGCACAUUUAUAACCAAACUCAUCCAAUAUUGGAAAAUUUUGACUCAAAUACAAAAAUCGAAACGGAAAUUAAAAUUGAAAACGAAAAUUUAAAUUUUCAGGAAAAUAUUAUUGAAACUGAUUAUAUCAAAAAAGUUGAAAAUGAUAAUUGUAAAAUUUUCGAUGGUAAUCAUCUUAAUUUGAAAGACUAUUUUUGGGAUGAAAUUGAUAUUUCUGAGGAAAAGUUAAUAUUUGAUGAUAAAAAUGAAGAAUCGUAUAUAUUUCAGACCAACACAAGUAAAAAGGUAUCAACCGCAUUACUUCCUUUUCAUAUUGCAUGGUUUAAUUUAUUUAGAAGCAAUUUACAACUAAGAGAAGCAAUUUUUCAUUUCGAACCAAUUGAUCUUCAGGAAAUCUAUAAUUUUUUCAAAUCUAUAGGUUACAGAUAUGAUCCAAGGGACAUAAAAAAAUUUUUGGAUGAAAAAUGUAUAAUCUUUCGCUAUGAUGUAGGUAAUAAUAAUGUAAAUAGACAUAAAAGGAAAAAUAAAACUUAAAUUUUUGUUUAAUAAUACAUAUGUAUGUUAAUAAAUUUAGUUCUUUAUGAUAUUUUUGAAUUUGCACAUUGAAAUUUUUAAUAAAAAUUUAAGAAAAUAUA